CAUAACAUCUUUCAUACAUCAUCUAUUGUUUUGUGCUAUAAUAUCCAUCAGCUCAGUUAGCAAGUUCUUAUCUAUUCCCCUCAGAUAUAUUUAGCUAGUUAGUAUAUCCACAUUCCUUAUUAUCGUUCCAAUGCGUUGUCUGCAUGCACGAAUGUGUUUGCUUGCACCGACUCUUUCUUCACAUCUUUCAAGAGUGCUAUCUAGACUUUAGACAGGCAUUCAGUGAAUUGCGCUCAAAAUCAAUUGAGACUGAGUCCGGGGCUUAAGACGUGGUGAUCGAGCUGGCAAUGCGUCAAACUCUGCUUAAAUUCCUCGCUUCUCCUUAACCGUUCCGACGGCUGCUCUCUACUUAUGGCUACAUGUCUCUCUAAGCCCACCGAGUUUUUGUUUCUUUUUAUGUAUUCGUCUGACAGUCAGUAGUAUUGAAUAACAGCCCUGGAUCUCUCUGUAUCUCCAAUCUCCUUUCUAGUCCAAGAGCCUUACACUACAACAACACGCGACCUUGGUACUUCAGCACCUCAGCACUCCAACAAAAAUUUCGACAAUCGAUUCAGCCUUUGAAUCUUCCCGACCUUCCUCCGAUACAUACGUAGAUCAACACAGCAAAGAUGGCAACCAUCGACGUGAGCUACCAACCAGGGACUCCUGAGCCAAAAUUAUUUCCCAAAAUUGCCAACUACACUUCCUCUAAAGCAACCCAAGACAGCCUCAAAAGAUCGUUCGCCAAAUAUUUGGCUUCAGAGCACAGCACUCAAGCUGUCGGAAAGCUAUUCCACUCCGAGAGUCAUAUUCAAUAUGAAGAACCUAGCUAUAUCCAUUCGAUGGAAGAGAUUGGAUAUUCUGCCACAAGUGGUGUAUCUCCAAUCGCUGUCUCCGAGCCUUUUCGUCUCUUUACCGAAGAGGCUGUCAACAUUAUGAGAGAAGAGAUUUUCGACAAGGAAGUUCAAGAGAAAUACAGCUACACUUCAGACAUCGCCCCUAAACAGCUUCGUGGAUACGCUCCUGAGUAAGUUCAAAUGUAUUGCCUCAUUUUAGCAUUGAUCAUUCGACUAACGUACCUUCUUCCACAAGUCACGGAAAGUUCAUCUACGAGGCUUGGAAACACCCCGAAACCCUUGCAAUUAUCUCUAAAAUCGCUGGUGUUGAUCUUGUUCCAGUUAUGGACUACGAGAUUGGCCACAUCAACUUGUCUGUUCCAGGAAAAAGAAAGGACCAUGACAGCAGUGCUUUGAUCAGCGAGGAAGAUGAAAAGCCGAUCGUUGGCUGGCACAGAGAUAGUUACCCAUUCGUUUGUGUUCUCAUGAUGAGUGACACAACAGGAAUGGUAGGUGGCGAGACUGCUUUGAGAACUGGAUAUGGUGAUAUUAAGAAAGUCCGUGGUCCAUCAAAGGUAAGAUUGCUCAGUUAUUCCAAUUUUAAGUACGUGUAUUGAUAUUGUACAGGGAUGCGCUGUAGUAUUACAAGGUCGCUACAUUGAUCAUCAAGCUCUGCAAGCUUUUGGCGGACAAGAGAGAAUCACCAUGGUCACCUCCUUCCGUCCACGAUCCCCACAUGUCCGCGAUGACACUGUCCUCACCACCGUCCGACCCGUCUCCAAUCUCUCCGAUUUAUAUGGGCAAACGGUCGAAUAUCAAUUAGAGAAUGCCGAGGCCCGUAUCAGACUCAUGCUCAAGGAACUGCGCGAUUCCAUGAAAGCUGGUGCCACCAGCGCCAAAGCCAUCAAAAAGUUCCUCGACUUCGAAAUCGAUCAACUCACCCAUCUCAACUCAGAAAUUGUCGAUGAAUCACUUGUGACGGCCGGAAAGCUGGAAGAAGUCUGCGCCGAAGCUGCGAAUCCUAAUAAGAAGGCCAGAGUCCAAUGAGUGGUUGGAGAUAAUGAAGGCUAGGCUAUUAAUGACCUUGAUACGAAUUCCCUUUGUUUAUAUUCCCUCUUUAACGCCAAUCAAUCCGAAUUGAAGAAUAUUCUUCUCUAGAUUUGGGAUUAAAGUUAAAAGAGCGUGCUACUUGCAGAUUAAAUACUUUCUCUUAAUCUGUUGCCUGCUUGACAAUUUUUUGGCUUCAAAAUAUUUUGUAUUUCAUUCCCUUCUUAGUACAUAGUAUUUACGAACUUUUCACCGGCUUGCU